AUGCAACACAAUUAGCAGCCAAACAUUUUUGAAUAACCUAACUACUUUUAUUAAGAUAAGAUUUUCGUAAAGCUUCCUAAUUUGGAAGUUUUAAGAGCAGAAUUGAGAUAUGCUAGUUAAUAUCUCUCAGCACACAAGCUCUAUCACAGUGCCAAAUGGGCAAGCGAACUCUUAUUAGGAGUUACAAAGCAAUCAGAAAUAUAAGAUAGCGUUUUGCUAAAUAAUUUCAUCAUAAGCAAUAUUGAUAGCAAUUACAAGUUUGCUAAAGUUUAUUAAGAGCCCAGCGAUGAAACUUUCGAAGCCCUUUUGGUUGCUAGAAACUUAUUUGACUUGAGAGAAUUUAAAAAAUGUGCACAUAUAUUGAAAGACUAUGCAUAAAAUCCAAAAUACUAAUAAUGUAUUUUCUUAUAUUACUAUGCUCUUUAUAUGGCAGGAGAAAUUAGAAAGGAGGAGGAGAUGUUUGAAGAAGAAUAAAGUUCUAAGAGGGUUGUCAAUCCAGAAUUAAGUUUAAUUUAUCGCGACUUGGAUUAAAUGUACAAAAAGGGUGAUCUUUGUGAUGUAAAUAGGUAUUUAUAUGGAUUGGUCCUCAAAGAUUAGGAAAGAACUGAAGAAGCCCGUUAGGUAUUUUUAGGAGUUUUAAAUGAUUUUCCUUGCUUUUGGUCAGCAUGGAUAGAGCUCUGCAAAUUAAUUCAAACAGAAGAUAUAAAGUUUUUGGAUUUCAAAGAGCAUUGGAUGAAGAAUUUCUUCUACAGUAGUUUCUGCUUGGAAAAGCACAAAAGCAAUAUUUGCAUUGAAAUCAAUUAUGGAUUGCUGUGCUUUUUUAAAAAUUCAAAUUAUUUAAUAAACUAAAUAGCCCACUACUUUUACAACUCAUAAGAUUUCGAUAUUUCGCUAGAGUGGUUUGAAAAGCUUGUAGAAAUAGACCCUUUUAGAUACGAAAAUAUGGAUACCUACAGUAAUAUUCUCUAUAUUAAAGAAAACUAAGGUGAAUUAGCCAAUCUAGCCUUAAGAUGUUUCUACAAUAAUAAGUAUGCAACAGAAACAUGUUGUGUAGUAGGUAAUUAUUACUCUCUGAUGGGUGAGCACUUAAAGGCAGUUAAUUAUUUCAGAAAAGCACUUAGAUUAGAUAGAAAUUGUCUAGCUGCUUGGACACUUAUGGGACAUGAAUAUUUAGAAAUGAAGAAUAUUCCUGGUGCUAUUGAAGCUUACAGAAACGCUGUAGAAAUAGAUCCAAAAGAUUUUAGAGCUUGGUAUGGAUUAGGAUAGACUUAUGAACUUCAAUCUAUGAAUCAUUACGCUUUGUAUUAUUUCACUAGAGCAGUUAUGUCAAGACCAAAAGAUUCUCGUAUGUGGAAUGCUAUGGGUAAUUGUUAUGAAAAAUUGAAUAAGAAAAACGAAGCAACUCGUUGUUAUGAAAGAGCUGAGAAUGGCAAAGAUAAAGAAGGGAUCGCUCUUUUCUAGAUGGGUAAAUUAUAUGAUUUAAUGGGAUUCGAAGAAAGAGCUAUCCAGUGCUUUGAAGAGAAUUUAAAAAGAAAGGAUGAAGAAGAAACAGUUGACAAAGAACUAGGAGAAUGUCUUCUAAUGUUGGCUAAUCAUCAUAAGAAGAAAUUAAAUUUUGAAAAAGCCCACUUCUAUGCUAGAAGGUUGCUUGAUAUAAAUGGCGCAGAAAGGGAUGAAGCGAAUUAGAUAAUACAUGAAAUAAAUUAAAUGAUGAACUAGUAAUAGGUUUAUUAGCAAAAGCAGACACAAUAAAUUUAAUAAUAAUAAAUAUAUCAGUAAGCAGGAGGUUUUCUUCCUAAGUAUGGUUAAUAAGCAAGUGGAUUGAAAGGAUUUUCUGUUUCAUCUACUGUAUAGCAACCAAUACCUGGCUAACCUUAGAUCCCUAAUUUAAUUCUUUAGCAAUAGCAUUUGACUCCUCAGCAAUAGUAAUAAUAAUAGCUACUAUAAUAGUCAUCUUCUGCAUCAUCAGCUAAUUCUUCUCAAUAGCAAAACAAAUACAUUCCAAAUAUAACUGGAUUUAAUUUAUCAGAGUUUUGA